GGAGAAGGACCAACAACUGUGCACUAUAUCGUACUAUGGAGGGCAGGCAGAGUAUGGGAUCCUUCUUUUAGUUAUUGAUAAUCAUGGCUGACGCUGCUGUCACUAUUAGAACUCGCAAGUUCCUCACUAACCGCUUGCUCUCCCGUAAGCAAAUGGUCGUUGAUGUCAUCCACCCCGGCCUUCCCAAUGUCUCCAAGGAUGAACUCCGUGAAAAGAUCGGCAAGAUGUACAAGUCUGAAAAGGAAGUCGUCUCCGUCUUUGGUCUCAAGACUCAAUUCGGUGGUGGAAAGACCACUGGUUUCGCUUUGAUUUACGACAACCUUGAAGCCAUGAAGAAGUUCGAACCCAAGCACCGUCUUGUCCGUUACGGUAUGGCUGAAGCUCCCAAGGGCGGUCGUAAGCAACGUAAGGAAAAGAAGAACCGUGAGAAGAAGUUCCGUGGUGUCAGAAAGUCUAAGAAGCCUAGAAAGGAAUAAACAUUGGCCAGAGGAGAAUCAUAAUCUAAUUAUCAGUUUUUGUUGUUGGAUUCUCUGUUUGAUAUUAUCUCCAAC